AUACCGCGCCCAUCCGUGCAGCUCUGAUGGCCGAAGGAAGCGACUGACAGAACGCCGCCCGCGAGAGAUUCGAGAACGCCUAGCGAGGAGAGAUUCGAGAACGCCAGCGCGCGCGGGGAGGAAGAAAGAUUAAAAGGCAGAUCGAACUCCAACAGCUCUGGAUUAAGACAGCGCGGCGGAGAUUACUAUUCCCCUGGACUUUAUUUAUAUUGCGUUUGGCCAUAUUUGUGUUUUUGCUGCCUGCGGUGGAGCCUGCUCUGUUCCUACGCCUAUCCACCGGUGUGUGUGUGUGAGUGUGUGUGUGUGUGAGAGUGUGUGUGCGGCGCUGCUGCUGUUUGGCGUAGCGAAAGAAGGGUUUGGGUUGUGGCCCUGCUCUGCUCUGAGCCUCGACCGCCACAUCUUGGAGCCAUAGCGGAGGAGAGAAACGAAGACGAGACGAGACGAGAGAAGGGUGUUUGAGCUUCGGUGUUUCCAGUCAAUGCGAUACAAACAACGGACCGCCACGACUGAGAGCGGAUCGCCGUGUUCCCCUGUGAGAGGUCGGAGAGAAGAGACGAGAAGAGAGCGCACACACACACACACGCACACACACACACACACCCUAGCCGGCCAACAUGAGUGAACUGGACCAGCUACGCCAAGAGGCUGAACAGCUCAAGACCCAGAUCAGGGAUGCCAGAAAAGCUUGCGCCGAUGCCACCCUGACCCAGAUCACAGCCAACAUUGACCCAGUGGGUCGUAUCCAGAUGAGGACCAGGAGGACACUGAGAGGACACCUGGCCAAGAUCUACGCCAUGCAGUGGAACAAUGACUCAAGGCUUCUAGUCAGCGCCUCUCAGGAUGGCAAGCUCAUCAUCUGGGACAGCUACACCACAAACAAGAUGCAUGCCAUCCCGCUGCGCUCCUCGUGGGUGAUGACGUGUGCGUACGCCCCCUCUGGUAACUACGUGGCGUGCGGAGGGCUGGACAACAUCUGCUCCAUCUACAACCUCAAGACCCGCGAGGGCAACGUGCGCGUCUCCAGGGAGCUCGCCGGCCACUCAGGUUAUCUCUCCUGUUGUCGCUUCAUUGAUGAUAGCCAGAUCGUCACCAGCUCUGGAGACACCAGCUGCGCUCUGUGGGACAUUGAGACGGGUCAGCAGACGACCACCUUCGCGGGCCACAGUGGUGACGUCAUGAGCUUGUCCUUGGCCCCUGACGCGCGCACCUUCGUCUCCGGGGCCUGCGACGCCUCCGCCAAGCUCUGGGACGUCCGGGAAGGCAUGUGCCGACAGACCUUCACCGGACACGAGUCUGACAUCAAUGCCAUCUGUUUCUUCCCCAACGGCAAUGCGUUUGCGACGGGCUCUGACGACGCCACCUGCCGGCUGUAUGACCUGCGAGCCGACCAGGAGCUGAUGGUCUAUUCCCAUGACAACAUCAUCUGCGGAAUCACCUCCGUGGCCUUCUCCAAGAGCGGGCGUCUGCUGUUGGCCGGAUACGACGACUUCAACUGCAACGUCUGGGACGCACUCAAGGCCGACCGCGCAGGAGUGCUUGCAGGCCACGAUAACCGUGUGAGCUGCUUGGGCGUGACUGAUGACGGCAUGGCCGUAGCCACCGGCUCUUGGGACAGCUUCCUCAAGAUAUGGAACUAGGUGCUGUGGCUCCAAAAGCUGACUGGAAGAUUCAAACAUCAAACACAACCGUCAAUUUUCUUGCAUAUCUGAUUUCCCCAAAACACACACACGCACACACACACACACAGUGAAACAAAAGAAAGAAUAGACACCCCCCACGCACGCACACACACACACACACACACACACACACACACACACACACACACACACACACACACACACACCUGGCAAGGGCAGAAUCUAGAUCAACUAAGAGCACAAACACUCCCCCUUCCACACACACACACACACACACACACACACACACACACACACACACACACACACACACACACACACACAGACACAUUCAAACAUACAUUCAAACAUACACACACGCAUGAGUGUGUAGGCUGGGGCCACUAAAAUACACGCGCACACACACACACACACACACACACACACACACACACACACACACACACACACACACACACACAUAUGUACAAACACACACACAGACAGGCUUAGACAUAUAUACAAACAAACACACACACACACACACACACACACACAGACAGACACAGACAGACAUACAUGUACAAACACACAGACAGACAUACAUGUACAAACACACAGACACACACACAUGUCCAAACACACACACGUUGCGUUGCGUGGCCCCUGAGCAUGAGAGUGGCGUGGGCGGGGUCACUAGAUGAUUGUGCAUUCUAGAAUUCCUCUGCAUUCCCCUCCGGAACAUUCCGACCCUUAAGUCACGCCCACACCCCAGAUGCCCCUCCCCCCUCCCUCAUUGGCUAGUUUUAUUUCUUUGGUUUGUUUUUAAUUCUGCAGCUGAUAGGCUCACGAGGGUGCAGCAUCGACUAGAGAACCAUGACACACACACACACACACACACACACACACACACACACACACACACACACACACACACACACACACACACACACACACACACACACACACACACCGCUCACGAGGGUGCAGCAUCGACUGGAGAACCAUGACACACACACACACACACACACACACACACACACACACACACAGACCACUUUUCUCUCUCAUACACACAAUACCACUGCUCACACACACACACACACACACACUGAAUAUACAAUACACAACACCACUGCUCGUACACACCCAGACGAGCUUCAAUGAAUGCCACUGCUUCCUUUACUGUCAAACUAUACUGAAGUUGACCUCUCCAACACACACACACACACACACAUACACGCCUGCCGAUGAGUUAGUUAGUUUGUGUAGCGUGUGGUUGUUGUAAAUGGGCUAGCAGAGGUGUGUGUGUGUGUGAGUGUGCAUGGGGGCGGAGUCCCAUCUAUCUAUCUGUCUUUGGGACGAGUGAUGUUUGAAACUCUCCACACGAUACGUAAGCUAGCAUCUCUACGCUAGUUAGCUAGCAUCUCUACGCUAGAUAGCUAGCAUCUCUACGCUAGCUAACUAGCUGUCUUGUCAAUACGUCAUGUUAGUCCCGUCACAUCACACACACACCCCUCCUCUCUCUCUGCUAGCGUGUGUGUGUGUGUGUGUGUGUGUCAGGGGAGGGGGGUAGCUAUGUUAAUGGGGGGAGGGGGGCGAUGCAUUCUAGCAUCAUUCCGAAAUCGUUCCUAUUAGGCGCCUAC